AUGGGAUUCGAUCGCAUGACGGAAAUUCAAGCCAAAACCUUCGAUGCCGCGUCUUUGGGAAAGGACGUGCUCGGGCGCGCCCGCACCGGAUCCGGCAAGACCGUCGCCUUUCUCCUACCCGCACUGGAACGACUCUUGCAGGACAACAACAACAAAAGCAACAAAAAGUCGACGCGCAUGCUCGUCUUGUCGCCCACACGAGAAUUGGCGCAACAGAUUGCCGAACAAACCCGGCUCUUGACGGCCCAUAUGCCCAAUAUGUCGCACCAAGUCAUGGUGGGGGGAACCCCCAAGCCCAAGGACGUCUCGGCCAUGAAGCGCAAGGUACCCACCAUUAUCAUUGCGACUCCUGGACGACUACAGGAUCAUUUGGAAUCCACCGUCGUACACAACACGCCUUUUAAGGAUCUCUUCCGGGAACUCGAUGUGCUCGUUUUGGACGAGACGGAUCGACUCCUCGAUAUGGGCUUUCGUCGAGAAAUCGACAAGAUUAUCAAAUACCUCCCGCGCAACAAGCAGACGCUCUUGUUCAGCGCCACCAUACCGGAAGACGUCAAGCACGUCAUUCGACAAACCAUGCGCGACCCCUACAUCACGGUGGAUUGCAUACACGACGAUCAGGCCGAAUCCUCCUCCCACACCAACGCACAGGUAUCGCAAGCUCACGUCAUUCUCCCGACCAACACCCGCAUGGCAUCCGGCACGGUAGACAUUAUCCGGAACAUUCUCGAAAAACAACCCCACUCGAAAAUUGUCGCCUUUUUCCCCACCGCCAAUCUUGUCGCCUUUUACGCCUCGCUCCUACGGGACGUCCUCGAAAUCCCCCGCAUUCUCGAAAUACACUCGCGCAAAUCACAGUCCCAACGCGAAAAGGCCUCGGAGAGCUUCCGCAAAACCAACCACGGCUGUUUGCUCACUUCCGAUGUGAGUGCCCGUGGAGUAGACUACCCCGACGUUACGCACGUCUUGCAGUUCGGCGUGGCCGAUUCCCGCGAAUCAUACAUUCAUCGCCUCGGACGGACCGGACGCGCCGGUAAACUCGGACAGGGCAUCCUCGUCCUCACGGACGUCGAACGCGGCUUUCUACGGCACCUGAAGGGACUCGAUAUUCCUGUCCACCCGGAACUACAAGCCAUUGUGGACGGGCCCACGGUCGAGUCGCAGCAGGACCUUGCGCCCGUCUGGGCAUCGAUCGGUUCGGGACGGAACGCGGAUUUAGCCCUCAAGGCCACCAAGGCCUACGUUUCCGCACUGGGAUUCUACAACACCCACCUCAAGGCUCGCUGUGGCGUCAAGGGUACCGACGCUUUGGUCGCUUUUUGCAACGCCUUUGCCUACCAGGUGGGAUUCACGACGCUGCCCCCGAUUGAGAAGAAAACAAUUGGCAAAAUGGGACUCAAGGGUAUUCAAGGUUUGAACGUG